UUCCAGCUUGUCGUUGCGUUUGUUUUAACCUUUGACCUCCAGACGGACAGAGGGAUCGACAGAGCAGAGGAGACAGCUCAGGCCGGUUGUCGUGAUUUUAAUCCUUCCAAACACGGAUUUUCCCAAUGAACAUGGAAGGUAAGAAAGAAGAACUGGCUACUCAGGAGGUCUCCUUGGAGUCUGAAGGUGUUGAGAGAGAGACACGCCCGGUGACACACCAGGAGACACACCCGGAGACAGAGGAAACUGACAUGUACCUGUACACAGUCAUUCACUUUCAAGAGGAUGCAGAUGGUGAAGAAAUGGAUACCACAGAAGAGCCGGAAUCUGUGGAUGAUGCUGAAUGUGGAACUACUGAUCUCCAGAGUGAGCCUGUGUCCCAGAGUGAGGCUGAGGUGACCCCCGACCCAGACACGCCCACAGAUGUGGAGGUCCCCCCACCAGUCCAGUUUCACUGUGCAGACUGUGAUUUCAAAACUACUAUUCGAUCCAAAAUGGAAUGUCAUAUCAAAGAUCAAGACCACAGCUACGGGUGCGGUGGAUGCGCCUUCAAGUCCAAGUGGAAUCGCAGCUGGCGCAAGCACAUGCAGCGCAAACACGGGAUGGUCAAGCGGAGCGUCUACCACCAGCUGAUGUACCAGUGUGGGGAAUGCGGGUACACCACCAAGGCCCGCAAGGCCAUCAACAUGCACAUUCGCAAGCAUUCCGGUGAACGGCCGUACAAAUGUACCUAUUGUAACUAUGCGGCAAAAGACAAGAGCACGCUUCGGAGGCACAGCAAGUGUCACAAUGGCAGCGGGCAGUUCACGUGUGAGAUCUGUAACUUUUCUACCUCUCAGAAGACGACACUAGGAAAACACAUGAAAAGCCACAAUGUGGGAGACAGAUACCCGUGUAUGUUCUGUCACUAUGUGGCACGGGUAGAGAGUGACCUUGCCAUCCAUAUAAGGGAAAGCCAUCCGCCGAGUAUCUAUCAGUGCCCGCAUUGUGCGUACUCCACAGCUCUCCUUGCCAACUUCAGCAGGCACAUGAGAAAGCACACGGGGGUCAAACCCUUCAAAUGUGACAUCUGCAACUAUGCCACAGCCGUCCAGAGCAAUCUGGUCAGGCACAAGCGGACUCACACCAACGAGAAGCCGUUCAUGUGCAAAGAGUGCAGCUACGCGACUUCUGUGCAGAGCAACCUGGUUCGGCACGUGAAUACUCAGCACAUGGACGUCAUGCUGUACCACUGUAACCACUGUGGGUACUCCUCCAACUUCAGGGGCAACAUGAUCCGACACCUGUCGGCACAGCAUUCCAAGAAAGUGUGUAAAGAGGCCGACUCUAGCACAGAAACUGUCUCCUCUAGUGUGGAUGGUGGCAGCACAACAGAGCAGGCGACGGGACCCAGCACCAGUGAACAGCAGUACACCUACAUUCAGGUGGAAGCUUCGGGUACCGUUGGUCACCAUGGCAACAGCACGGCCACGUCACGUUUCAUGGGAGAGGAGGAGGGGGAACGAGUUCACGUGGUUCAUCUUCAAGACGGACAAGACACGGGUCAUAUCGAAAGUGUGGAGACAGAGACCUCAGAUCCCGGUGCAGAGGAGUCACAGGGCGACUUACAGGUCAUCCAAACCGAAGAUGGGCACCUCCUGGCAGUGGACCCAUCCUUCAUGCGGAAUAUCACAGAGGGGAAACAGGUUCACAUCCUGAUGAGCAGCCAUGCAUCCCACAAUGACGAGGGCUUGGAACAGGAAGUGGAAGAUACCAUUUCUAGAGAUGAUGGAAAGACUAACACACUGCCAGACCCUCUUAAUUCAGAAGCAGAUGUCACACAAGAAAAUAAAGAUUAAGCUGAAGGGAACACUCAAGUAUGGAUGUUCUGGCAAUGUAUGUGCUGAUAAAUCAUGGAAAAACAUUUGUCUGUGAUAUGACAGAAAUGUAAAUUUACCAUAUUUUAACAAUUACAUGAUGGUACAUGUAAGCAGAAGACAAGCUCACUCACUGUAGUCUUGUGGGUCAGUGUACAAAUCUCUGAAAUUGUUGACAAAUGACUUAUUCGCUAUGAAUCAUUCCAGAGUACACAUGACAAAUACAAGCUGCCGAUCGAUGGGUAACAAUAAGGAAGUUCUUACUUAUGUUGUUAGGAAGAACUGUCUUGAUUUUCUUGUUGUUCUAAUGAAAAACUGUGUAAUGUGAGAUUGUUUGCACUCGUAGAUUAUGAACAAAUUUUGGCCAGUGUAAUGUAUUAGAAGAUUUUGCAAUAUAUAAAAACAUGAAAUGAACAAUGUGGACAUUUUUGUGGUCUUGUCUUUCAUACAUCAUACAACUACUAGUAUGUCUUUUGAUACAAUAUUUAUUCGUUUUUGUCGUUUCAGUGGAAUGUUGAAUUUUACAUAUUAAGGAAUGAAACUGAAUGAAACAAUUACUGGGUGAUAACUUUUCACUUUUGGUACUUGGAAGAAGUAGAGUUUUCUUGCAAGAAAAUUAUGGGGAUUUCAGCAAAUGUCACAAAAUUCUGCAAACAUCCUCUAAUAACUUCAUAAUUAAUCAGCAAAACAUGAUUAAUAGUAUUUUCCCUAUAAACAGUUGUCCGUGCUUGCACGAUUGUGUUUUAUUUGACUGCAAUAAAGCCAUUCGAAAGCGGA